GUCCAGCGAGUCGAAGAUGAAGAUCGUUUGCAGAGACUGAUGGCUUCCUAGUCGCAAACUCAAGCAUUUGCAGGCCCUCAAACGUCAUGGCGCGGAAAGAGGCUGCCCGCCAUGUCGUCUUUCUCCUGCUGCUCGCCGCCGUACGCUGUCAAGUUAACCCAGAAAUGUGUCGCUAUCCUCUGGGUAUGACCGGUGGGCAGAUUCAGGAUGAGGACAUCUCCGCUUCCAGUCAGUGGUCUGAGUCGACUGCUGCAAAAUUUGGGAGGCUCGAUUCGGACAACGGCGACGGCGACGGGGCCUGGUGUCCUGACGUUUUAGCCGAAUCCGACGGCCUUAAAGAAUACCUCCAGGUGGACCUCCGCUCGCUGCAUUUCGUCACGCUGGUGGGCACGCAAGGGCGCCACGCUGACGGCAUGGGGAAUGAAUUUGCCCAGCGAUAUAGGAUCAAGUACAGUCGCGAUGGCAUUGAUUGGCUGGGAUGGAGUGAUCGGAAGGGGCGACAGGUCAUUGAGGGCAACAGGAACGCAUACGAUGUGGUGCUGAAGGAUCUGGAACCUCCCAUCAUCGCUCGAUACGUGCGCUUCAUGCCAGUGACCGACCACUCUUUGAUAGCGUGCAUGAGAGUCGAGCUCUACGGUUGCCAAUGGCUCGAUGGUCUGAUGUCUUACACCAUCCCAGAGGGGCACCAAAUGCUUUAUCGAGGCCUGGACGUCUACUUCAAUGACUCGGCGUAUGACGGAGCAGCAGCGGAAAAAACGAGCAAGGGUCUGGGCCAGCUGACGGACGGAACUUGGGGUCUGGACGAUUUUCUCCACAGUCACAUCCACGGCAUGUGGCCGGGGUACGACUACGUGGGCUGGAGCAACAGGAGCUGGCCCAAAGGUUACGUGGAAAUGACUUUUCAGUUCGACCGCAUCCGGAACUUCACUUCCGUCAAGGUUCACUGCAAUAACAUGUUCAGCCGAGGGGUCCGGACGUUCAGACAGGCCACCUGUUAUUUCCGCUCGGGCUCCGACUGGGAGUCCGAGCCGAUGACCUUCAGGCCGCCCGUCGACUAUGUGAGCCAAAGCGCCCGUUUUGUCACCGUGCCCCUCGGGGACCGCACCGCCGUGGCCAUCAAAUGCCGUUUUCACUUCAGUGACCUCUGGAUGCUGUUCAGCGAAGUGGCCUUCCAGUCAGGCUCGGCGGUGUACAACACAUCUCUGACUCCCCGGAAGCAUGGGCAUCCAACUAACACACUACCGGGGGACGACCCAACUCACAAAUUGGAUGACAGCAAUACAAGGAUCCUGAUUGGCUGCUUGGUGGCCAUUAUCGCGAUCCUUUUGACCAUCAUCGUUAUCAUCUUGUGGCGGCAGGUGUGGAAAAACAUGCUUGAGAAGGCAUCGCGGCGAAUCCUCGACGAGGAACUCACGGCACGUCUGGCGGUUCAGACCAGGGCCUUUUCCUUCCAGGACUCAUCCAUGUCCUCUUCUGUCUCCACCUCCAACUCCACCUAUGAGAGGAUCUUCCCCCUUUGCUCCGACUACCAGGAACCUUCCCGUCUCAUCCGGAGACUGCCCGAGUUUGCGCAUUUCGCCGAGCACCUGGGUUGCGUUGAUUCCUUGCACGCGUCAGGACCGAGCAGCUCCUACGGGGUUCUCGCCGGCGCUUCGGACGCCGCCCCCCACUAUGCAGAGGCGGACAUUAUCAGUCUGCAGGGGUCCGGCGGGAACAGCCGAUCCAUCACGGCUGUCAGCCUCCAUCUCCUCGCCGGCGGUGGCGGGGACGCGGCGGCGUCCGUGAGAGAGUUCCCCCGGGACAAGCUCACAUUCAAAGAGAAACUGGGAGAGGGGCAGUUUGGAGAGGUGCACUUGUGCGAAGCAGAAGGCAUGCGGGCCUUUUUAGACGGCGAGUCGUCCGGAGAAGGGUCAAACCAAGCACCCCUGCUUGUAGCGGUUAAAACGCUGCGAGAAGAUGCCAACAGGAACGCAAGGAACGAUUUCCUGGAGGAGAUCCGAAUCAUGUCUCGCCUGAUGGACCCCAACAUUGUCCGCCUGCUGGCCGUAUGCGUGGACACCGAGCCUCUUUGUAUGAUCACCGAGUACAUGGAGAACGGAGACCUCAACCAGUUCCUCCGACUAAAAGAGGAAGGACGGGAGGAGAAAGCAGACGAGAGGAUGGUCAGCUACAGCAAACUGAUAGACAUGGCCGUGCAGAUAGCCUCCGGUAUGAAGUACUUGAACUCUCUCAACUUUGUCCAUCGUGACCUGGCCACACGAAACUGUUUGGUGGGGAAGAACUACACCAUCAAGAUUGCCGAUUUCGGCAUGAGUCGCAACCUCUACCGCGGGGACUACUACCGGAUCCAGGGCCGAGCUGUACUGCCAAUCCGCUGGAUGUCUUGGGAGAGCAUUCUGCUGGGCAAAUUCACCAUGGCUAGCGACGUGUGGGCUUUCGGGGUGACUUUGUGGGAAAUCUUGACUCUUUGCAAGAAGCAGCCUUACGCCCACCUCUCUGAUGAGCAGGUGAUUGAGAACACGGGCGAGUUCUUCAGGGACCACGGAAAACAGGUCUAUCUGCCACAGCCACCUUGUUGUCCCGACGGCCUGUAUCAUGACCUGAUGUUGACUUGCUGGAGGAGAAAUGCCAAACAGAGGCCGAGCUUUCAGGACAUACACAGUCAGUUGGUGGAGCACUUGGCGUAAAAGAUGUCCGUUUUGUCUGCGAAGCACAACUCGCAGGGUUUGCUUUGUGCAAAUGUUGAGUGACAAUCAACCCUGGAAAUGUUAACCAGUUGUUUUGAGCUAGUGACCAUGGGACUGUGUAUUUUAUAAAUUGGCAACUGAAUAUACCUUUCGAUAUACUGUUUUCAUAUUAAAUUACUCAAUGUAUUUAUUAUUUUGUACUUUGGUGUCUUUAUAGGUUAGUGUUAUUAUGAUGGGGGUUGGAAGUAUUUGUUGAGCUUUUAUAAUGUAUUUUCAUGAAUCAUAUUCUGUAUAAUCUUUUACUCAUUUGAAUAUUUGUUGCUGUAUAGCAAUAAAUGAAGGUGUAAAAUAUAAAUUGUCUAAUAAUGAAGCGACAUUUUGACCUGCUUGAUAAAAUAGCUCUUUGACUAUAUUAGAUAGAAACAAAGAUUCAUAAAAGGUGUGGAUUUAAACAUUUUAAAUAAAGUGCUUUUCAGAAAA